AUGGCUCCAUCCAAAUCAGCAUCUAUAAAAGCACUAGCUGAUGGGCAAACUCGCACUCAUCCAUCAAUUGCUUCUUCUGCUCUCCAUAUCGAUCUAAUUCCUACCAUCAUCCAGUACACAAAAAUGGGCCCUUCCUCAGCCAUCAAAGUGAUCUUUUUCUUCCAUUUUAUUUUAGCCCUUGCUGUCCCAAGUUUGGCAGCAUCAUACGUGGUUACUUGGACAAAAACUAAUUUAGCAUCUCCAGGAACUCUUCUGCAGUUGUCCAAUCUUCACGCUGGUGAUACGAUCAAUUUCGUCAACCCAGAUCUUAUUCCCAUUUACCAAGUAUCAAAAGCGGAAUAUGAUAGUUGUCAACUGACUCCAAACAGGACCGUAAUUGGGCGUCAAGCGGUAAACGUUUACACUAUUCCCGGAAUUGGUGAUUUCUACUUAGUUUCCGAUCUCAUCGAAUGUCUGAAUGGUGUGAAGCUUCUACUCCAUGCUACUUGA